AUGGAGUUUCAGUUCUUGAUUAAGCUUCAAAGGUUUUAUGUUUUUCUCAAUUCUUUAACUGGUGAGAUCCCAUUUUAUUUGGGCAAUUUUUCUUCACUUAAAAGUCUCAGUCUAGGAGGAAAUAAUUUCCAUGGAAGGAUACCUGAUGUUUUUAGUGGACUAAAAAAUUUGGAGCUUCUUGAAUUAGGACAGAAUAAUUUAUCUGGAACCGUUCCUUCAUCAAUAUUCAACUUGUCAUCUUUGCAGAUGCUUCAGUUAGAAUUCAAUCAGCUUGAAGGGCAGUUUCCAUCAGAUAUAGCAUUCACUCUUCCAAGAUUAGUGCGAGUCAAUCUCGUGGACAAUCGAUUAACAGGGAGACUUCCUCCUUCAAUAUCAAAUGCCACAAAGAUUAAGUUUUUAGCUGUUGAUAACAACGAUCUCACUGGAAAUGUUCCUUUUUUGGGAAGCCUCAAUGAUUUGUACUGGCUUGGACCAUCUGUCAAUCAUUUCGGAAAAGGGAAGUUGGAGGACUUGAGUUUUAUGUCUUCAUUACAAAAUUGUACCGCAUUAAAAUAUUUGUUGCUUCAAAACAAUAAUUUUGGAGGAAUCUUGCCAAGUUACAUGGGAAACUUGUCCAACCUUUUGUGGUUUACAAUAGGAGGGAAUCUCAUACAUGGAAAGAUCCCAAUGGACAUUUAUCUACUUACGAACUUGAGGGUACUUGGUUAUGAAUAUAACCGUCUCACGGGUAGUAUUCCAGAGUCUUUGGGAAAACUUAUUCAACUAAAUGUGUUGUCCCUCAACAACAACCAAUUCUCAGGGGUGAUUCCAUCUUCUCUAGGAAAUUUGACAAGGUUGACUCAACUCAGCCUCGGAUCAAAUGCUUUAAAUGGUACGUUACCGUCUAGUCUUGGACACUGCAAAUUUUUAUUGCGUAUGACUAUUAGAAGAAACAAUCUUAGAGGUCACAUACCAAGCGAAUAUUUCAGGUCUCUGCAGGCCCUUUUAGAUUUAGACCUAUCAAAAAACCAGAUAACAGGACCUUCUCCUAUAGAUAUUAGCAUGAAGAACUUGUAUUACUUGAGUCUCUCACACAAUAAUUUAUCUGGUGAAGUACCUAGCAAUUUUGAUAGAUUGACUGGCUUGAGGGAGCUCUAUCUUGAUUACAAUGUUCUUCAAGGAACUAUCCCUCCAUCCUUGAGUUCUUUGAAAAGUCUAGAAUCACUUGAUCUUUCACAUAACAACUUUGUAGGGAAGAUCCCCGAAUUUUUCAGUAAACUCUCUUCUUUGAAAUACCUGAAUUUGUCUCACAAUAAUUUGGAUGGUGAGAUACCUAUGGAAGGAGUUUUCACAAACAAGAGUCAAGUCUCAAUUGAUGGAAACAAGCAGCUUUGCGGAGGUGUUCCAGAGCUCAAAAUGCCAAAAUGCACUCAAAUAUCCACAUCAAGAAGAUCACACGUCUCUCGUACGUUGAUACUUGCAACAUCAAUUCCAGGUGGAAUAGUAGCACUAACAGCGGUGAUGUUUCUUCUUUAUUGGCUUAUUAAGAGAAAGAAAAGUUCAAUCUCAUCAGAGAACUCGACGAUGGAUAUUAUCCUCAGAGUGACUUACAAAACUCUCCACAAAGCAACGGAUGGCUUCGGAAAGUUUAGCUCGGUUUACGAAGGCAUUCUGGAUCAGAAUGGAAAACUGGUUGCAAUAAAAGUACUUAAAGUUCAAGUUAGAGGAGCUUCCAAGACCUUUAUAGCAGAGUGUGAAGCAUUGAGGCAAAUUAGACAUAGAAACUUGGUGAGGUUUUUAACAUCUUGUUCAAGCAUUGAUUACCAAGGCAAUGAUUUUAAGGCCCUGAUUUAUGAGUUCGUCGCCAAUGGUAAUUUGGACAACUGGUUGCACCAAAGUGUGGAUCAUGAGGAAAGUGAGGAACAUAGAAGUUUAACCAUGCUACAAAGACUCAAUAUUGUAAUUGAUGUGGCUUGUGCACUAGAUUAUCUUCAUUAUCAUUGUGGAUCACCAUUGCUUCAUUGUGAUAUCAAACCAAGUAAUGUGCUUUUAGAUGAAGAUUUUGUGGCUCAUUUUGGUGACUUUGGAUUGGCAAAGUUCUUACCAGAGGCUAGAGAUAUGCUCUUCACUAGUCGAACCAGUUCUACUAUAAAAGGGAUCAUUUGA